AUGAUCACACCAGCCACCACAUCUCUUCUAGAAUCUCAAAAAGCCUACAAGAAUUUUAUAGCUACCCAAAAAGCAUCUCUUCUGAACUAUCUUGCAAUCAAACCAAGGAAUCAAGAGGAGAAAGAACAAUUGAAGAUAGUACAUGACGUUGGACAAGCCGUAGUACGAUCUCUCCUCUACGGCGAUGUGAAUGUCGCUGAUUUGGGGACAACUCCAAAACCACCAGUUCCAGCUCUCACCUGGAACAUUCCACCUCCCAAUAUCUCAGUUGGCGAGAUGCUCAAACGCCAGCUCCAAAACCAAGCAUAUCUUCAAAACCAGCCGUUGCUCUUCAAUCUUCUCUCGAGUCCAUCUGCUCCCAUACCGCCAUCGUCUUAUACAGGUGGACAACAGCUGAUGCCAGGAGGUACAAACCUCCCAGCAACAAUUGAAGCACAUAUUCUUGCUCACCUCGCACAGUACUAUGGCUUGUUCUCUGAGAAUGGAUAUCAGUUCCCGUCCUCCUUGUCAGCAAUCGGAAUUCCACAAGAAAACAUGGCUGGCGUCAUCCCAAAACUAUAA